UACAUUACUGAAUAAGUAUUUUUGACCAUUAUAUAAUUAGCAUAAUUUAUAUAACUUGAAUGAAACUUUAAUAAUAUUAAUCAAAGCUAUAUUACUAAAAAAUAAAUUAAUUAAUUAACCAAAAAAAUUAUCGCUAGAUUUUUGUGCUUCGCUGAAACAAGCCAAAAAUAUUGAUAAAAUAUUAAAAUAAAAUAAAUUGAUCGGCAAAAGAUACUUUUUUUUUCCUUAAUAAAUAUAAUAAAAUAGAUUCCAUAUAUGACAUGAUUUUUUUUUCUUCUAAUUCUUUAAUGAAAACUCUAUAAAUACUAAAACAAAUUAAUCUUCAUUUAUAUCUUUUUCCUAUAGCUGGAGUGGUAGACAAACACCAAUGGUUUCUACGUCUGCUAACAUUUGUCUUUUUCUUUUUCUUGUUGAUCUCUUUCUCACUUCAUCAAUCACGGAAGCACGAUAUGGGGAGGAUAACUCUUCGGCCAGUCACCGUCCAAGACUCAAACUCCCUUCCCUUCAUACCGGUGGCCCCCUUUUUGAGCACCUUUGUCGAUAUUCUGGCUACUUUGAUCUCCCAGAUACUGGAGGUGCAAGGAUGUUUUACUUUUUCUUUAAAUCACGAAUUCACAAGCAUGAUGAUCCAGUUGUGUUAUGGUUAAGUGGAGGACCCGGAGCUAGCAGCAGUAUGGCAUUGUUUUAUGAAAAUGGUCCAUUUCGUAUCACAGAAGAAAGUAGUCUUAUAUGGAACGAAUAUGGAUGGGACACGGUGUCAAACAUUAUAUACGUUGAUCAGCCUACCGGAACGGGUUUUAGUUAUUCAACUGACGCGAGAGACAUAAGAGACAACUUAACCAGUGUCACUAAUGAUUUAUAUAACUUCUUAAAGAAGUUCUUUGAGGAGUAUCGUGAUUUUGUUAGAAACGAUUUUUUCAUAACUGGAAAUUCUUAUGCGGGACACUAUGUUCCUGCUCUCGCUUCUAAAAUUCAGCAAGAGAAUAAAAAAAACGAGGGUCUUAUCAUAAAACUCAAGGGAAUUGCUAUUGGUAAUGGACUUACGAAUGCUGGAAUUCAAUUACCAACGAUACCGUUUUUCGCUAAAAUCAAUGGAUUAAUUACUGAAACAAAGUACUCGUUUAUAAAGGAAGAAAUGGUUCCAAAAUGUGAAGAAUCCAUAAAAAAUUGUGAUAUGGGCGAUCAAAUAGCUUGUGAGAGGGCGUAUACUGAUUGUAAUGACAUAGUUCAAGAGAUUCGUAACGUUGCAGGAAAUAAAAAUUUUUUUGAUAUUCGGGUUGACCGUUUGGGUCCCUUGAAUUAUGACUACUCAAAGAUGGAGUCGUUUCUCAAUACACAAUCAGUACAGGAUGCUCUUGGAGUUCAGCACAGAACAUUUGUUCCAUGGAAUUUCACAAUAUUUAGAGCAUUGCAAAGAGACUAUGUGAAGAGAUAUGACACAAAAAUUCCAGACUUACUUAAGAAUAAAAUCAAGGUCCUCGUCUAUAAUGGAGAAAAGGAUCUAAUGUGCAACUGGAUGGGAAGUUUUAAUUGGGUCACGGAAAUGGAAUGGUAUGAUAAGGAAAAGUUUGGCGAAGCACCACUUGCUCCAUUUCAUGUUGAUGGUAAAACAGUAGGAGACCGCACAAAUUAUGGACCUCUCACUUUCAUCAAGGUUCUUAAUGCCGGUCAUAAGGUUUCAAUGGAUCAGCCGAAAGUUGCUUGGCAAAUGCUACAAAAUUGGAUGCAACAAGAACUCGAAUAA